AUGGUUGGUGCCGCUAUUUUUUUGUUGGGAGCAAUUCCUGCCUGUUUGGGAGCAGUUCUUCCCAAGAAUAAACCUGAUGACAUGCAUUUAGUGGGCACUCAAAAGGAUAUUAUUCCUUAUUUGGCCGGCGCAGGUCCCUAUUUUUCGUACCCAGUCAAUUACGGAAUUCCAAUUGAAGCUCCAGACCAAUGUGAAUUCAGGCAAGUUCAACUAAUCGGUAGACAUGGUGAAAGAUACCCAACGACCAACAGCGGCAAAAAACUUUUGAAACUGUACAACACUUUGAGAAAAUACCCUAACAAAUUUAAUGGAUCUCUUGAAUUCAUGAAUGAUUACGAGUUCUUUAUACGUGACCAGAAUGACCUCCAGAUGGAAACGACGCUUUCGAAUUCUGUCAAUUUCGUAAACCCGUACACAGGACAAGCUGAUGCUACGGCUCAUGCUAGAAAGUUCUUGGUUUAUUACAACGAGUUGCUCAAUGCCGCUGAGCAAACUGCUGUUUUUGCCGCAAGCUCCGAGAGAGUCCACGACACUGCGCAGUAUUUCAUCGAGGGCCUUGGAGACAAUUAUAACAUGACUCUGCAAACAGUAAGCGAGGAGCCCAGUGCUGGUGCAAACACUAUUUCGGCGGGUAAUUCUUGCCCUGCCUGGGACGAAGACCUCUAUUCCAAUAUUACUGACGCUUACACGACCAAAUACUUGGAGGACAUUGCCUAUAGAUUGAAUGGCGAGAACCCUGGACUCAACCUAAGUUCCUCUGACGCUUACAACAUGUUUGCUUGGUGUGCUUACGAGCUGAACGCUCGAGGUUACAGUGAGAUCUGUGACGUUUUCAAGAAGGAAGAGCUCAUUCACUAUUCCUACUAUAAUGACCUCACCAGUUUUUACCAAGAUGGCCCUGGUUACCCAAUGAUCAAAGCUGCAGGCUCUAAUUUGUUCAAUGCCUCUGUUGCUCUUCUUCAACAGAGUGAGAGCCUACCCCAAAGGGCCUACAUUGCAUUCACGCACGAUACUGACAUCUUGAAUUACCUGGUCACUAUCGGACUUUUCGAUGAUGGUAAAAUGCUCAGUGCUAAUUCGACUCCUUUCAGAGAACAAGCCUUCCACAGAAGUUGGCAAGUACCUCAGGGAGCCAGAGUGUACACCCAGAAGUAUACCUGUGGAAAUGACUCCUACGUGAGAUACGUUGUCAACGAUGCUGUUAUCCCCAUUGAGACUUGUUCGAGCGGGCCCGGAUUUUCAUGCCCAGAAAAGGAAUUUUACGCUUAUGCUACAGAACGUUUACAAGGUCAAAACUUCUUCCAAGCUUGCAACACUUCAAGUGUCAGCAACGUUACCGAUCUCACGUUCUUUUGGGACUGGGAAGAAAAGCACUACAAUGCAACUUUGCUUAAGCAGUGA